GCGGCCGCCAGAUUCUGCGAUAUGUUCAAGGUUAAGCCAGGAUGUGAUGACAGAGUGUGGGCAUGAGAGCAAGAGAAGAAUCAUGGAUGGCAUCAACAUUUUGGAACCAAAGCGCAUGGGAGGAUGGAAGUGCUCUCAAUACUCACUGCAACCUAUUGACCCUUCGUGGUAAGAGUUUAUCGCCACUUCCAAUUUACACGUGGGGGAAACUGAAGCUCAGAGAGGUAAAGUGAGUACCCCCAGGUCACACAGCAAGAGUUGCCCUAGAUGGGAUUAAAACCCAGGCUGCCUCCAGACCCAGGCCUCUCUCACUUCAGCGACCCACUGUGUCUCUCCUUCCCAGAGCUCCAGAACCUUCCCAUUCUCCCUCACGUCUAUCUCCCCGUGCCAUGAUAACAAAACACAGCGCAUUAGUUUCCUCCGGCUGCUGUAACAAACGACCACGAACGUGGUGGUUUAAAACAACACAAAUGUAUUAUUCCAGCGGUCAGAAGCCUGACACGAAUCCCCUGGGCUAAAAUCAAGCUCCUUCUGGAGGCUCCAGGGAAGAAUCUGCCUCCUGGCCUUUUGCAGCUUUGAGGGUCGGCCUGCACCCCAUGGCUGGCGGUUCCCUCCUCAUCUGCAAAGCCUGCAAUGGUCAGUCGAGUCUUUCUCAAGUUGAUCCUUUUAACCCUGUUCUGCUCCCCUCCUCACUGUUUAAGGACUUACGAGGUUAGACCGGGCCCACAAUUAGUCCAGAAUAAUUUCUCCAUCUCCUCAUCGGCUGGUGAGUGACCUUAAUUCCUUCGGCAAAUUUGCUUUUCCCUUUGCCACUUGACAUAAGCGAGUUCAUGGGUUUAGAGGAAUUUGGAUAUGGACAGGCUUACUCUGUGCACCAUAUCCAGUGAGGUCACAAGGCCCUCUGUGACCUCAUCAUGGCCUGGUUCCCAAAUUUACAAGGUGACCCCUCCCACAUGGUUGCUGGAUGGGCAAACCUGUCGCCAGGGAUUUGAACCUAGGUGUCCUAACCCUCCGGCUGCCAUGGGAGCCCAGCCUGAGGAAGCUCAGAAGCCUUGCUCCAGUGUCCAGACCCUGUUUAAGAGGCUCAAGGCCUUACUCACCGAAGCCCCACCUCCGACCCCGACCCUGGCCCCCUCCCGGAACGUGGGCUGUACACACGUGUAUGGGUAUGUGUUUGGGCACGUGCGUGAAAACGACCUGGAGCAUCUGCCAUCACAGCAGGUGCUGGACACAGGAGAGCAGCUGAUGGUCCCCGUGGACGUCCUAGAAGUGGACAACGAGGGGGCCUUGUGGAAGUUUCUGCUCUCAGGAGCCAUGGCUGGGGCGGUGUCCCGCACUGGGACGGCCCCUCUAGACCGAGCCAAGGUGUAUAUGCAGGUCUACUCCUCCAAGACGAACUUCAUGAACCUGCUGGGAGGGCUCCGAAGCAUGGUCCAGGAAGGGGGCUUCCACUCCCUGUGGCGGGGCAACGGCAUCAACGUCCUCAAGAUUGCCCCCGAGUACGCCAUCAAGUUCUCCGUCUUUGAACAGUGUAAGAAUUACUUCUGCGGAGUGCAUGGGUCCCCACCCUUCCAGGAACGUCUCCUAGCUGGCUCCCUAGCCGUGGCCACCUCCCAGACGCUCAUCAACCCCAUGGAGGUGCUGAAGACGCGGCUGACCCUUCGCCGGACGGGCCAGUACAAGGGGCUGCUGGACUGUGCAAGGCAGAUCCUGGAGCGGGAGGGCACCCGCGCCCUAUACCGCGGCUACCUGCCCAACAUGCUUGGCAUCAUCCCCUAUGCCUGCACUGACCUGGCCAUCUAUGAGAUGCUCAGGUGCUUCUGGUUGAAAUCAGGGAGGGACAUGGAGGAUCCCAGUGGCCUGGUCAGUCUGUCAUCUGUGACGCUGUCCACGACCUGUGGACAGAUGGCCAGUUACCCACUGACCCUGGUGCGCACCAGGAUGCAGGCCCAAGACACUGUGGAGGGUUCGAACCCCACCAUGUGUGGAGUCUUCCGGGGGAUCCUGGCCCAGCAAGGUUGGCCUGGGCUGUACCGAGGCAUGACUCCCACCUUACUGAAGGUGUUGCCAGCAGGUGGCAUCAGCUACGUGGUAUACGAAGCCAUGAAGAAAACCCUGGGCGUAUAG